AUGUCACUAAUACCGGAACCAUUGAUUCCACCACUUAGGUUCAACUCAAUAGAAGCAAACUUAUACAGAGGAGCAUACCCACGAGAAGUCAACCUCCCAUUCCUCGAAACCCUCCAGCUCAAAACGAUCAUUUCCCUCACCCCAAACCCAAUCACCUUAGAAACCGACGCAAAACUCUACCAAUUCGCCCAUGAACACAAGAUCCGUCUUGUCCAUUUGGAAUGUGCGCCUGCCGGUAAGGGCAAAAAAAGAGGAGUACCGUUGGAAUAUCAUACCAUUUUAACGGCAAUCAAUUUCAUGAUACACAAAAAACACCAGCCAGUUUACAUCCAUUGUUUGAAUGGAGGCCAGGUUACUAGUUUAGUCGUUGCUUGUUUGCGAAAACUUCAAUUUUGGUCGUUAAUUUCGAUCUUUAACGAGUUUAUUAAUUUCACUACCAAUAUCACCGUGAAUGAUCGGAGUUUUGUCGAGGGGUUUAAAGGGGAGAUUAAUAUUGAUCCCGAUGAUAAAGUGGAUUGGCUUUGGGUCGGGGUGAGUAAGCAUGUGAUUGGAACUCAUCCAAAGUUAAAGGUUAUCGAAGCAAAGUCAUUUCAGGAUGUGACUAUAUAG